AUGCAUCCACUAUCGAUUCGUCCGCACCACGCUGGUCUUGAUUCAUUUUCUGGUCAGUCCGCUGAUGUAGCUUCACAUGAAUUUAAAUCAGAUACUUUUCUACGUGUUGCCAUGUCAGUUUUACCUGUCGCAGCUGUACUUAGUUAUCAAAUCGAUGCCAUAUGGCAAUUACAAAUUCGUAAUAUGUAUGCUGGUUUAUCAAGUACUAUUCUUCAUAUAUUUUACUUUCUUCAAUUCUACAUACAUCUCAAAGGUAGUUCAAAAACAAUAGCCAAUAUUUAUACAUAUGUUUAUCAUAUUAUAAUCUGGAUUUUUAAAACCGGUGGCAACAUUACUUAUUUUCUAUAUCAUUAUCGCGAAAAAAAUAUAUUUCAUCAAUGCAUAUUCGCACUGAGAACUUUACAGGAUACAAUCUUCAUAAGUUUUCUAUGUAUCUAUAAAAUUCGUGCCUAUGAACCCCUUAUUUGUGUUCAGCAUAAAGUUUUAUUCAGUGUUAUAUCACGUCUUGAAAUAAUCUUAGCAAUACUUGUACCAAUAUUUGCUCAAGAAAAUCUUGUUAAAAGAACUGUAGCUAAUAUAAGUUUAUUUAUAUUAUACGAUUUUUUUUCUGUUUAUUAUCAUCUAUUCACACUUCGGUUAAAAUGGGCACUCUGGCUUUUUGUUGUUUUUAUGACGAUAAGUGUUGCAAAUGAAUGGUUAUAUUUUGUCAAUCAUCAAUGGAAUCUGUGCGAUCAAAUCAGUGCUGGCUUUGAAUUACUUGCGGAAUGUGCUUGUUGUUUACUUAUUAUUUGGCAAUUCAGAUCACCGAUGACACUAUUAUCAUCCGAUCAGUCACUAACAGGCUUUUGA